AUGGGCGUCGAGUGGUGGUUGAGUGAUGCUGUCAAGGAUGAGGCCGCUGCCAUAUCACAACGCUUCGCCAUCAAGACGGCCGAAUUGAGAGCCGAAGCCACGCGCCUCAUGUCCACCAUGGCUCGCUGCCCUGAGAACAUCGACAUCAUGUUGGACAUGAUUCGGCGUGCCCAAACGGUCGAUCAAGAGGCCAUGAACUGGCUGCAAAACCUACCGGAGCACUUUAAAUUCAAGACGGUGGCUUGGGAGGACCACGUUCCUAAUGGUGACUAUGAGAAGGCUGAAGUGUUCCCUGGGCGUGUUGAUAUCUAUCAAGAUUUCUGGAUCGCCAGUGUACUGAACAUGGCCCGCGUCUGCCGCCUCAUUCUGGCGUCGGUCAUCAAUAUGCUUCGGCCGCGCGGACGUGUGUCGACACCAUCACCGACAUUGUUGCAUCGGUGCCUUAUCAGCUCGGCUGGCACUUGA